GGGUAAGUGAUACAUUGCAUAUAAAUGUGUUUUUGGUAGUCAAACCAAGAUAUUAACGUUGUUUUAUCAAAGAAUAUCAUAAAAUAUUGUGUAUGAACCGGUUUAGAGGUUAUGUUUAUGUUAUGUUUAGGCAUUGCAACCUGUUUGUACAUGUCAACAUGACAUGAGUGUUUUUCUAAACGAAAAAAGCGGUUUUUUUGUUAGGUUCGCUAAAUUCGUACAAUAGUCAUUUCCGUUUCCUGAAAAAUCUUUCUCAUUGUACCUACGGUUCGCGCGUGUUUUUUCUCUCUUGUGUUUGCGUUGCAAAAAUCACUGUCUUAAAAUUGUGAAGUGAAAAUGGGGAAAAGAAAAAGAUCAGAUUCCUAUUUCCAUGAAGAUUUGUGGAAGAAAUUAAAAAAACUGGAAAGAAGAUUGAAGAAAUGUGAAGGCAGAACUGAUAGAGACAGAGAGUCAAGUCCAGGGACUCCUCCUCCUUCUCCUGUUGAAUGUACUGAAGACUGGACAGUCGAAGAUAUCCCAGAGGAGCUUCUGUUAGCCCUGGGCAAGGAAGCUGCGAAGGAAAACAUUGUUGGCGGGGAGAUACAGCAGCAGCUGACAGAACGGUGGACAAACAUCAUUCAUCAGGGACUUGGAAAAGAGGCCAGAGAAAAUUUAACAACAAAAUACCCCUCGCCAACAAAUUUUAUGGCAGCUGUACCGCCUGUCUUGACUGAAGCGAUAGCAGCUGCUAUGAAUGAAGCCAGUAAGAGGCAAGACAAACGAAUAGUUUUCUGUCAGGCGUUAAUAGGUAAAACGAUGUUGGCAUUAGGUAAGGCACUUACCUGUGUUCUUACGGGCAAUAUUAAUACUAAAGAAAUUGUCGUGCAGCUAAACGACUCUGCUAAAUUUGCCGCAGAAGUACUUCAAGCCCAAGCUCCAGCCGACAACCCCGAGACAAAUAUCGCCGAUACUAGAGGUACAUGCCAGUAAACUGAAAUAUUUUUCUCAUAACUGGUUAAAAAUUACUAAUGACCCGGUAAUCUUAAAAUG